CAAUGUUUCCGGUGAACACGACCAUAAACCUUCCGCCUGAUGCUUGGGAGUCGUGACGCCUCUUAUGACCUGGGGCUAUCGUCAUCCAUCAUCUCUCAUUUAUUAUACACUUAUGCCGAUAUGCAUGUUGAACAAAACAUAAAGUAUUCCCAACAAAACAACUUCAAGAGUAUCAAACCGAUUUCUUUCCGUUCAAUUUCUACAUCGAGUACUAGGUACUUUGAAAAGAUGAUGAGGCAUAAAUCAUCUACAACUUGUUCUUCUGCUGGCAGAGUUACAGCUCAAUUACUAUUAUCUUUCUUAGCCUUAUCGACACCGAUAAGUGCAUUGGAUUCAACUCAUCAACAGCAACAGCAACCAAUACUACCCAUAUUACCACCUUCUAUUCCAGAAUCACAUAAUCGACAGGAUUCAGCUGGACGCCAUGUAUUUGUAAAUAUACUUCUUCACCGCUUUAUAUCUAAUAAUACUAAUGAUAAACAAUAGGCUCUUCGCCACAUUUUCCAUCAUGGAACUUACGAAAAUCCUCAAUUACAUAAACAGCUCGACAUUUUAGAUUCGACGUCCAAGUCAACAGUAUGGCUGGAAUCCGAAGAUGGAAAGGGAACAUUGCAAGAAGUAACCAGGCCACUGGUCAUGAAGAAGAGUCCAGUGAAGAUAGAACGGUUAAAAGACAGGAGACCUUCAGUGGUUGAUCCAAUGGUAGCAGCAUCAAGAGAGAGCGGGGAUGUAUGGGCCUUAUCACCAUCGGCUUGGACAGUUGACGAACUAGCCGGUCCGGAUAUUACAGACAAGGAUACUGUCAUAACAUUGGCACAAAUGGCAGCGAAUGCCUAUGUGAAUAAACCAGACACAGGAGACUGGAAGGACGUUAAUGGGGGUUUCAAUCGUACCGAUGAUUAUGGAUUUGGCUGGGAUGCCGACGGACUGCGAGGAUACAUCUAUAUGGAUGAGACGAAUUCGACUAUUGUCAUAGGAUUGAAGGGAACAAGUCUUGCGGUCUACGACGGAGACGGGACAACUACAAACGAUAAGGAGAAUGACAAUUUGUUCUUUAGUUGUUGCUGUGGCCAACAAGGUGCUUCGUUCUACCGACAAGUCUGCGAUUGCGCUACUGGAACCUAUACCUGCAAUGUAUCCUGCCUCAAGAAAAGCUUGAGGUCGGAAAAUCGAUAUUACACCGCGGCUCGACAUCUCUACUCCAAUGUAACGGCUCUUUAUCCAAAUGCAAAUAUAUGGAUGUCUGGGCACUCUCUUGGUGGAUCUGUGAGUUCGAUGCUAGGGUUAACUUAUGGUAUUCCUGUUGUUACAUUUGAGGCCGUCCCAGAUGCUUUACCCGCAAGUCGUUUGGGUCUACCAGCGCCACCGGGUCACAAUCCGGGCAUGCCACAAAAGCGCGAGUUUACUGGAGCUUACCAUUUUGGACACACUGCCGAUCCAAUAUACUUGGGAACCUGCAAUGGAGCUACUGCUUCUUGCUCGUAUGCAGGAUAUGCAUUGGAAAGUUCAUGUCAUACCGGCAUGGAGUGUGUAUAUGAUGUCGUAGCCGAUCACGGAUGGGGAGUACACAUCUGGUCACACAAAAUCAUAACUGUGAUUGAGCAGAUUAUCAAGAUCUACGAUACAGUGCCAGUAUGCAAAUUUACGCCGGAAUGUGUAGAUUGUCCGCUUUGGAAAGAGGUGGAAGGCAACAGCAGUAGCACUGCCACAUCACCACCCUCAUCAACCUCGACCACAAAUACACGGAGUCGCACUUCCACAUGUAAAACACCAGGAUGGUGGGGCUGCCUAGAUGAAGAUACAUCCACAACUUCUAAGCCUGCAACUAGCGUGCCAGUAACUACUACGUCGACUUCAACCUCAACCUGCAAAACCCCUGGCUGGUUUGGUUGUAACGAUGAGAAAACUACCACUAAAAGUAGUAGCAGCAGUACUUCGGCCCCACACACAGCCACUUCAACGUCUUCUUCCACAAGCACUUCAUCAACAACAACCUGCAAGACUCCAGGAUGGUUCGGCUGUAAAGACCCCACUUCCACCUCAAUCUCAACCUCCAUACCCAUAUCCACUUCCAGCACAGAGCCUCCACCCCAUGCCAUAACCUCCGCACCACCUCUUCCGUCUCCCACAACCUCGAACGGACCUACCACAAGCCAAGCAUGUACAUCUAAAAACUGGUUUGGUUUCGCCUGUGUCGAUCCUUCACCGGAUGGAAAACCAACUGCAAGUGCGUCACCGAAGCACAAAGAAACAUGUUUAAGAAGGAAUUGGUGGUUCGGAUGUAAAGAAUGGGAUGUGGAAUUGUAGAGGGAGGAUCACGUCACAGGCACUAGGUUGCUGAAAUAACCACGAUUUUCUACACAUAUAAACCUUCACUCAGUCUUUCUAUACCAGACAGAUAGAUGAUGGACAAGAUAGGGAGGGGGAAGUCAAUAGGCGAGGAUAUAGACGAGAAUUUAUUAGAGGCAUGAUACAUACAUACAUACAAGCAUAGCAUAGCAUAGCAUAGCAUGCAUGAUUUUGCAGAGGCGUUUUUUUCUUGCCUCUUUUUUUUUCUUGUUUAUGGGAUUUGAGUUUGGAAUAGGCUGGUUUGGAUGGGGAAGGGCAGGACGGGACAGGAUAGGAUAACAUAGGAGUAUCUAGUUAG